AUGGCGUCAAACAGCCAUGAAAAACGCCUUGAUUCCAACCUUGAUGUCGAUAUCUCUGAAGGAGAUCAGGCGACUAUUGCACAGUCGGUUCACAAUUCUUCCGAUGAGGAAUUUGUUGCAGAUGCCAGCCAACAAUCGCAUGACCGAGAUGAGUUUGAUGCCACCUUCCAGGAGAUAUCUGAUUUCGAGUAUCAAGAAGGGGCCCAACCCGCAUCAAGGCCGAGGAACAAACGUUCUUGGAUACCAAAUGCAACCAAGACAUAUAACGAAGUACAGCCAUACCCUACAGAUCCCUCUCAAAAAUGGACAAGAACCUACGUUGGUCCUGUCAAGAGAUGGACCCGGCUUAGUUACCUCUUAGACUAUUGGUUUGGUGAUGAAAAUGACCGCCAGAAAAUCUUUAACAAAUUCUGGCAUCUAUGGUGGCAGUUCGAACUACUCCCGCCCCGACUAUCUCCAGGAUCUCAUCAGCUAGAAAGUGCAAAAAGGAGCUGGAUGCCAGAGAAUUUCGACCAGAUCCAGGAAGAUAGAUUCCAUACCUGGUAUAGGAGAUAUCUAGGUAUACGUACCCUGUCACAGACAUCAACUCUAAUCGACAAAGCUAAGGCAUAUCGAUGGUUUCUUCCACAGGUCGAGGGCGAGAUGAGUGUCCUACUUGGUCAUGUAUCAGAUCAGAAGGAAUACUUUAUCAAGCAAGGCGAAAGCAUACCGUUCUCAGACGCCGGCUUCCCAAUUGAGGAUAUAGAUAACCCUGAGCCACGGAAUGGUGGCUGGCUACUCGAUGUGGGAGGCAUCGUCCUCUCCAUGGAAUGGAUGCCCAUUAACGGCCAAGUCGAUCAACUCUUAGCAAUGACAGUUAUACCAUAUUCGGACCAAGCUUUUUACAAGGACUUAGAUGACGCACCAAAAGCAUCAGACCUAAAAGCAGGUGCUGUACAGAUUUGGAAGUUUAAGGUGGAAAAGGAUGCUGAAGGCAUUAUUCGACCAGCACGCUCCUCUCCUAAGCUAGUACACGCUCUAUGUUCCUCUUGGGGGAGAGUAACUCAAUUACGAUGGUCCCCUGUUCCUCUCGCUGUUGGGGAUCAAGUAGCAUUUUUGGCAAUGCUAUGUGAUGAUGGAAGGUUGAGGAUCCUAGAAAUUAAGCAAGAUUCGGUUUCGGAUGAUAAGGGAAUAUUUAGGGAAUUACAAGAGCCGAUGAUCACCUUGGAACCUCCGAAAGAGCACACACUGGAAAUCAAUUGCUUCACUUGGAUUAAUAUGAACCGUAUUGCCGUGGCUCUUUCAGACGGGUCAGUAGCAGUAUGUUCACUUUCUCCCUGUCAACAAUUACAACGACACCCUGUUCACUCCAGUCCUAUCAUGGACAUUGUUUCUGGCUAUCCCUCGCAUCCUUUUAUUAUUGCAACGAUGCCCAUGGGCGGCGUCUUCACCUUGACGGAUCUGAACCGACCAACCGCGGAGAAGACUUAUCACGGAAAUCCAUUGGUAUCUCUUCAACCAAAUGUCCUUGCUUGGAACAACCAUCUAAAGGGAUUCGCGUCGAUAUGGCCCUCAUCCUUCCCAGGGACUUCCACUGUAUCAUUUGUGCAGUCUCGAGUAUUUCCUCUUUCCCGCCAUAUAUGCACCGUUGAGGGCCAAACAACGUGCCUCGCAUUUGGAACGUGCCAUCCGUUCCUUCUCCUGGGAAGCUCGGAUGGCUCAGUCUGGGCCCUUAAUGUCAUGCGUAAGAUUACAUCGCAUCGGCAAAAGACGCAUAAGGUGAAACUCUUCCAACACGAAUAUUAUUCACCUAUGCCGUCUGAUACAGUAGAUGAGGACGACAGCCAACCUCGGAGUCGUGGGGUAUGCCGCAUUCUCCAUGGAUUCUUACCGCAGGUUAAUUUUCACCCUUUGGGCACAAGGGUCGCAAAGGAAAGCAAGGUUAAGCGUGCCAGGGCGGAGAUGAGGGCGAGCAAGAAGAUGCUCGAGAAAAUAGAAGACGACGAUGACUACGAAGAUAUACCUGAUGCGGAUGAAGAAAGCUUUACUAUGGUUCCUGGCCCCAUAGCUGUGCAGGAGCCCUUAACUCGGAUCACGGCCCUAUCUUGGAAUCCGAACGCGGAUUUUAGUUGGUGGGCCGCGGCUGCGAUGGGCUCGGGGUUGGUGAGGAUCAUGGACCUCGGUAUAGAGAACACCGACAAAGAAGAUCCAAAAGAGGGCGAGCAGGCAGAAGAAUCAUUCGAGGUGGAAGCGGAUGGAACGGGGGAGAUUAAUGAUGACCACGACGAACCUAGUUUUGAAGAAGAGGGAGAAAAAGAUGUGGAUGAGAAUGAGGUUGGUGAUGGCGAUGUUGAAAUGAUGGAGUCCGAUUAA